GCGCGGCCGGCGGCGAUGAUCGAGCAGCACAAGCGGAAGGUCCCGGGGGGCGGCCCCGGCCCCGGCCCCGCUCCCGGCCCCGCUCCCGCUCCCGCCCCCGGCCCCGGCGCCGCCCCCGCCCCCGGCCCCGGCCCCGGCCCCGACCUCCCGCUCGUGCCCGUGGCGGCCAAGCGGCCCCGCCAUGAGCUGCCGGCGGCGCCGGGCAGCGGGAGCGGCGGGGGUGGCGGCGGCGGAGGAGCAGGAGGAGGAGGAGGAGGGCAGCCCCCCCCCGGGGCCCUGCUGCAGGCGGGCCCGCCGCGCUGCUCCUCCCUGCAGGCCCCCAUCAUGCUGCUCUCGGGGCAUGAAGGAGAGGUGUACUGCUGCAAGUUCCACCCCAACGGCAACACCCUCGCCUCCGCCGGCUUCGACAGGCUCAUCCUGCUGUGGAAUGUCUAUGGGGACUGCGAUAACUACGCCACACUGAAGGGACACAGUGGGGCAGUUAUGGAGCUGCACUAUAACACGGAUGGCAGCAUGCUCUUCUCAGCAUCCACAGACAAAACUGUGGCUGUGUGGGAUAGUGAGACUGGAGAGAGAGUGAAGAGACUGAAGGGCCAUACCUCGUUUGUUAACUCCUGUUACCCAGCGAGGCGAGGACCCCAGCUUGUCUGUACAGGCAGUGAUGAUGGGACAGUGAAGCUGUGGGAUAUCAGGAAAAAAGCUGCUGUUCAGACAUUUCAGAACACGUACCAGGUCUUGGCUGUAACUUUCAAUGACACCAGUGAUCAGAUCAUAUCCGGAGGCAUCGACAAUGAUAUUAAGGUGUGGGACCUUCGCCAGAACAAGCUCACUUACACGAUGAGAGGACACGCAGACUCGGUGACAGGCCUCAGCCUGAGUUCAGAAGGCUCCUACCUGCUCUCCAACGCAAUGGACAACACAGUUCGCAUCUGGGAUGUGCGACCAUUUGCCCCUAAAGAGAGAUGUGUAAAGAUUUUCCAGGGGAACGUACAUAAUUUUGAAAAGAAUCUUCUGAGGUGCUCUUGGUCCCCGGAUGGGAGUAAAAUCGCAGGGGGAUCAGCCGACAGGUUUGUCUAUGUGUGGGAUACCACAUCCAGGAGGAUUUUGUACAAGCUGCCAGGCCAUGCCGGGUCGGUGAACGAACUAGCUUUCCAUCCGGAGGAACCCAUUAUACUCUCCGCAUCCAGCGACAAAAGACUGUAUAUGGGGGAGAUCCAGUGAAGCUGACAAGGAGAUGGUGGGAUUUGUGCCCUCACGAUCCUUGGUUUACAAAGGUCGGAUUGACUUGCUUCUCACCGGUGCCAGGCCCUCUCACACUUGUGGCAGUGGGAAAACGUUGAAGCAGCUUGAUGUGACAAGUCGCCCUCUCACAGGCUGUAAUGUCUGCGUGGUCUCGCUGUACAACUUUUUUCCACCCCCCACCUUCUUUGGGGAGGAAGAAGAAUUUGGAAUUGAAAGGAAUUUGGUUUUCGCUGUACCACUGACUAUUAAACCUUACCCAGAUCACUUGAAAUUGGUAAAAUUUGUUUAAAGUCCAUAUGUGGCUUGUAUAUUCCCUGUCCGGUUUCUGUUGGUUUUUUUAUACGGUCAAAACUGAAAUAGAUACCUUUUUACAAGAA